AUGCCAGCUCGAUUGCAGCCAUGGUCUUCCCAAGGCAACAGAAUCAUGUCAAAACCUGAGAAAUCAAAACACGUAUUGGUAACUAGUGCCGUCACAUCAUUUCUGACUCUACAAAGCGGGCCAGACUACCAGCGCUACAAACCACUGAAAGCUUGCAGGAAAAGCACAAGAGGGGGCGAGGACAGGGCGAGGGCAGCCCGGGUGUCCCGCCGGAAGGUGCCGGGCAGAGGCGGCAUGCGGAAGGUGCGGGACAGCGGCGGCGUGGCCCGGGGACUCCUGCUCCUGCUCCUCGUGGCUGUCUCAAUUAUUGAAACACAGUGCAAAAAUUCUACUGAAGCUCUAAUAAGAUACCACAGGAGGAUCAUUUCCAGGAGAGAAGUUAACUGCAACGAGGAUGAAUACCAAUUAGACACUCAAUGCUGCAAGAAAUGUUCAAGUGGUUUUGUUAAAAAUGUCUCCUGCCCAACAGAUAUUAUCAAACACUGUGUUCCAUGUGGGAAAGGAAAGGAAUUCAUAGAUCACCCCAACGACCUGGACAAGUGUUUGAGAUGCAGAUUGUGUGACAGCACAUUUGGUUGGGAGGUUGUAAAGAACUGUACCCCAGAAGAGAACACACAGUGUGCCUGUGCAAAGAACUAUUACUGCAGUUCUGUAAGAUGUGACCAUUGCUAUCCAUGUACCAUAUGUGAAAGUGGUGUGAUUGAAGAACAAUGUACUCCAUCUUCAGACACUGUAUGUGGAACAAAAGAGCCAGGAACGCUGUGGUUGGCCAUUGCUGUGGUAGUUCUGGUAGCACUGCUAGCAAUAGCAAUUAUUGGACUAAUAUGGUGGCGCAAGAAAAAACGGAACCAUCUUACAAUCAAUGGGCACCCAAAUAAUGUGGUUUACAAACCAGAGCCUCGUGAGAAUGUACCUCUCAUAGACAUGGAUGUUGACCUGAGCAGCCACGUUCCUGGAAUUGUGGCAGAGAUGACGCUGGCAGACGUCAAGAAAUUUGUUCGUCACCACCAAGUAUCAGAGCCUGCCAUAGACCAAAGCAUUCAGGAUUGUCCUGGUGAUACAUCUGAACAGAAGAUCAGGCUGUUUCGAGUCUGGUAUCAGAGUCAUGGGAUGAAGGGAGCCUAUGGAACCCUGAUAAACAGCCUGAGAGAGUUAAAAAUGUGUGCUGCAGCUGAUACAAUUGACAAAAAACUGAAGGCAGCUAUUUCCAGCUCUCAGGAAGGGGGAAAGUCUUAUAAUCCUGACACUGAGCAGAGCAAAACUUGCACUCAAGAGGGCAGAAACUCUUACAAUGAUAGUGCUGAGCUAAGUGAAGUCUGUACUGGUGGUUUGGAAGAGACCUAGC